AAGUGACAAUUGACAUAUCCAUUUUCGGAUAAGAAAAUUAUUGGAAUCUAAUAAAAUGAUAUUUUUGUCUAAACAUUUGAAUCUUAUUAGCUCAAAAUAUUCGCUACAAUGUACUUAUGAUUGGCAACUAUAAUAAAUAAAUAACUACCUUGUAGUUUCAGUGAAAGUAGCUUUAGUGCGAACAUGUAGAGGUUAUAUCAUGUUUGCAACUUCGCACUGUUUACGUAAUACGUAAGUGUUGGGAUGUUCGUGAAAACGUCCAAUCACGGCAGGGGGCUCAGUACGGAUCGGGCCACUCGGCGGACGAGCCGUUUCCGAUAACCGCUACUCGCGGUAAGUUAAAAUUUUCGCGCCCUUAAUGAUAACAUUUAAAAUCGUGCCAAAAUGCAAGAUUGGAUGAAAGUGACGCUUUUACUAUGUGCGUUUGGCACGUUGAGAGAAAUACGGCCAUCGGAGCCGUUUGUUUCGGAGUUCCUGCUGGGCGAAUGGAGGAACAUAACUGAAAACCAAUUGACCCGGGAAGUUUAUCCAGUCGGGACCUACUCGUAUCUAUCGCUGCUCAUUGUCGUAUUCCUCAUCACAGACUUCUUGCGAUUCAAGCCUGUCAUCAUACUAUCAGGUCUAAGUGGCAUUGCGGUUUACGCCAUCCUGCUAUGGACGACCAGUUUAGAAUGGUUGCAAGCGAGUCAAUUCUUCUACGGUCUGUACAUGGCAACCGAAGUCGCGUAUCUCACCUAUAUUUACGCAAAGGUGGAUUCCGGGAAGUACCCGGUGGUGUCGUCGUGCACACGCAUCGCUGCGCUCACGGGCCGGUUCCUGUCAGGCGUCAGCUCGCAACUCCUCACGCACUUUGGCCUGAUGGACUAUCGGCAGCUUAAUUACAUUACUUUCACAGCUCAAAUACUGGCUACAUUCUGGGCCCUGUGGCUACCGCCAGUUAAUUAUGGAAUAUAUUUUCAUAGAAGAAAUUCGGCAAUCAGUAUACCCAUGGAGAAACAGCCGCGAUUACAACAAAAUAGACAAACAUUCCAGUCUACGUUGGUGGAGGCGUCGUCGCUGAUCGCGCGCCACGCCCGCGCGGCGUACACGCGGCCCAAGGUGCUGGCGUGGUCGGCGCUGUACGCCGCCGCGCUCGCGCUCUUCGUGCAGGCGCAGACCUACGUGCAGCUGCUCUGGAGGGAGAUACAGAACGAGACUAACAAUACGGUGGCGUACAACGGCGCAGUGGAAGCGGCGCAGACGCUGCUGGGCGCCCUGGGCGCGUUCAUAGCGUCGCUGUGGUCGCGCGCGUCGCUGCCGGCGCCCGCCGCCGCGCUGCAGGGCGCCGCCGUGUUCCUCGCCACCUUCGUGCCCAACGUGUACGUCUCCUACGCCGGGUACAUCGUCAUGGGCACGCUCUACCAUUACACCAUUACCCUGGCCAGCGCCAAAAUAGCAGACCAGCUAAGCGACGAGAGCUGCUUCGGACUCAUUUUUGGAAUCAACACGCUCCUGGGCACCGGGCUACAAUCUCUCCUCACAUAUGUACUCAUACAAAAUCUAGAUGUGUCCAUAUACAGCCAGUACUACUCCUUGAGUGGCUUGUUCUUAUUACUAGCCUCGUUAUGGAUCCUGGGCUGGAUGGCCCACAUGUGCCGACAGAAACAAAGUAUUCAUAUAAGUAACCAGUGAAGAAUGAGGUGAACCUUGAUUAUUGUCUAUGGUUUUUUGAGAAAUGAGGUAUUUACUUAAGUCUAUUUAAUAAGGUAAUGCGGUAUUGGUUUACGUUGGCGAAAAAUGGAAUUGAACGGGAAUGAAGUGGUGCAGAUGUGUUUAUGCUUGUGUUAAAAAUAAUUAGGCAUAGUGCGAUUAUGUUAAUUUUGAAGUGAGAACAAAUGAACACAGUAUUGAUUUGAUAGUUAUUUAAUGGCACUGCCAAACUAUUGUUGGGAACAAUUUGAUGAAUCAAAGUUGAAUCAAAUGAAUUAGUUAUAUUAUUUGUUCAGUAAAACUGACGACUUAUGAGAAUCUAUUUUAUUUUAUUGUUUUUUUUUAGUACUUACAAAUUAUGAACUUAUUUAUAGAGAAAUAAUCUGUUUACUUAAUUAUUGAGUAAUGUGUGUAAUUUUACAGAAGUGGUUGUACCAGUACAUCAAUAAUUUAGAUUUUCGUCUAUAAGGGGUGUCUACAGAUCUAUAUUACGUAAUAAUGAGUUGCUAUCUGACCGACACUGUCUAUUGAAUCAUAAUGAAUAGCUCGUUAAAAUUUAUUGUAAUGGAUAUUCUAACAAAUACGUAAUAAUAAAGACAAAAGUAUCUGAGUACGGAAUGCGUGUUUCCAACACAUACAUGCUCCGUUUUUGUUAAAGUAAUUCGAAGGUCGGAUAUUUUUGUAAUAGACUUUAUAAGUAGGUUGUUUGUUAUUAUUGAAUCAAUGGAGAAUAUAAAAUAUGCACUUAAGCCGCAGCCUUGCAGUACGACCGAUAUCGGCUAACGGCACGCUAAAUGUACUUAUCGUAUAUUUUUUAUGAUUGACGCAUUGAUCCAUUUUAUGUACGUUACGUGGCGACUGUGAUGAAUGCUUAUCGGAAAAUUUAUCUUGCUUUAAUAUUGGUUUUAAUUUACUUUAUGAGAGGAAAAAUUAUUUUCAUAAUUAUUUAAUGAUCUCCUCAAAUAAAAAGUACCACAAACAUGAAAUUCUACUGUUAAGGAAGCCUUGAAAACAAUUGUAUAAG